UAAAUAUCACUCUAUAAAUAGAGUUCUAAGCCUUGUUUAUUUUACCACAGCCACUCAUUUCUUCUUCCACAAGUAACAUUUUAUUCUUCUUCCUUUGUUAUUCUCUAACUACAUUGCCAUGGCCGAUGAAGUGAUUCUUCUAGAUUUCUGGCCAAGUCCGUUCGGAAUCAGGCUCAGAAUAGCCCUUGCUGAAAAGGGUAUUAAGUAUGAGUACAAAGAUGAAGACUUGAAGAACAAAAGCCCUUUGUUAUUACAAAUGAACCCUAUUCAUAAGAAAAUUCCUGUACUCAUUCACAAUGGCAAACCCAUUUGUGAAUCUCUUAUUAUUCUUCAGUAUAUUGACGAGGUUUGGAAUGAUAAAUCUCCUUUGUUGCCUUCUGAUCCUUAUCAGAAAUCACAGGCUAGAUUUUGGGCUGAUUUUGGUGACAAGAAGAUCUAUGAAACUGGAAAGAACCUUUGGACUAAAAAAGGAGAAGAGCUAGAAGCUGCAAAGAAGGAAUUCAUAGAAGUCCUCAAAUUGUUGGAGCAAGAGUUGGGAGACAAGAGUUAUUUUGGUGGAGACAAACUUGGUUUUGUGGAUGUUGCACUUAUUCCAUUCUACGCUUGGUUUAAAGGCUAUGAGACCUUUGGUAACAUCAAUAUAGAGAAGGAGUGUCCCAAGUUCAUUGGUUGGGCUAAGAGAUGUAUCAAGAUUGAGAGUUUUUCAAAGUCUAUUCCUGAUCAGGAUAAGGUCUAUCAGUUCAUUGUGGAGAUGAGGAAGAUGAUGGGCAUUGAGUAGGUUGGGUAUUAUGUUUUAAUAAAUGGUGAGUUUGGCAAAAUCAUGAUGCUGUUUUGUUUUUGUUCAAGUUUCAAAUGCAGCUUCUCCCAAAAUUGCAGUGGCUUAUUCUCGUUCUUACCCCGAAUCAGGACCCGCACUAAAUUAUUUCAGUUAUUUUAUCCUUUAUGAUAGCACAGUUAUGUAAUAAAAAGGCACUUUGAUGUGUCAAGCUCUAUGCUUUUAGUAGGAAAGGUUUGGAAUUUUUUUGAAGUUGUGAUUGAUCUUUGAUCUGUUUGUUCUUUUAAUGGAA